CGGAUCCAGCCACGACUUCCCGAUCGGGCGAGUAAGACAUGUGACCUAAUUUGUGACUUGAUGUGACCCAAGUGACCCCGUGGCCCGGGCAAAAGGUCUCGAAAUUAUUCUGUUCGGUUCGUCCUUCGCCUCGCUGGCAACUCCUCAAAUUCGAAAUUUUUGUUGUCUUCGAGACUUCUUCCUUCUUUCUUCUUUCUUCUUUGCGUCUUCUGCUCUUCCUGCUGCACUUGUGUUGGUAUCUACUUCAAAUCAUCAAGAACCACUUCUCUCUUCUCUCAGCGUCGUCUCGCUUAUGACUGCCAUAUCGGAAUUCUCACUGCCAUCCUCCUCCUCCCGGCGGCGGUCCUCCGUCUCCGUCUCGCCCUACCAGAUCCCCGGCGCGCGCACCCACGCCCACAACAUGACAAUGUCCUCCUCCGCCUCCUCCUCCUCCUCCCUCUCAUUCAAUUCUCCUCCUUCCUCCGUCUCCUCCUCUCUCGGCACAUCCACCCUCUCCCGACGGAUGCUUGCCGCCCGCCGCUUUUCCGAGGGUGAGUCCACCUCCGGCCGGCUGAAAGAGGAGCUCAAGUGCGAAGCCUGCGGAAAGGGCUACAAACACAUCAGCUGCCUCACAAAACACCUCUGGGAACACACCCCGGAAUGGAACAUGACCUCAAAACUGCUAAUGUCAAAGCACCAGCAGGUCCAGCUGCUCGAGGCGGCCUCCAUCCUCGUCUCCAUGACCGAGGAGGACGAGCUGGCGGAGCUGCGGGCACACCACGGCCGCUCGUCGCGCGAGAACUCGGCGGAUGAUAACAUGUACGACGAAGAUGACAUGAUCAUGCGCGACGACGAGAGCGACGACGUCGGUGUCUUUGGAAAGAUGGAGGAAUAGCACACGUCUUUCUCUCUUCUUUUUUACUUUUUGAGCUUUCAAGUCAUUGUGUUUUGUGUUUCUUUUGAGUUGGUAUCUUAUCUAUUUAUUCGUCAUCGUCGUGCGUGCUUUUCUCCCAUCAUCAAUCAUUGUCUAGAAGGAACUGCAAGAUCAAA